AUGACGCAAAUGCAGGCGGCAGUAGGCGACGGCAUAGCUCCUCGCGUCGACGACACCGAUGUUCUCCUGCCUGCGUUCGAUGCAUCUGCAGCUCGUGGCUCUCUUGACGCUGUGAUUGACGUUGCCGCACACCGUUUCCCAUUCUGUCUCGUGUGGUCGCCGAUCCCUCUCCUUACUUGGUUUGUGCCCUUUAUUGGACAUUUGGGUCUCGCAGACAGCAAAGGCAUUAUCUUUGACUUUGCCGGGCCUUAUACGAUCGGCCGCAACAGCUUCGCUUUUGGGGCCCCUACCCGCUACUUGCAAUGCCAAGUAGCACCUGAAAACGUGAGCAAAUGGGACGAAGGAGUCGCUGCAGGCUGCCGGAUUUACGAAAAGCGGACGCACAAUUUGUGCUGUGACAACUGCCACUCUCAUGUCGCCGCGUGUCUCGAGCACGCUGGACAUGCAGGUCGUAGACGGUAUAAUAUGGUGCAACUCUGCUUCUGGAUGUUUUUCCGAGGAGACUAUGUGGGUGUGGCAGGCGUUGUCAAGACGUGGCUACCGUUUGUAAUCGUGAUGGCAUUAUGUGUCAUUAGCAUAGCGUUUUCGGCAUGA